CAGAUCGAACGGGGUUACACAGAUAGCAAAAUGGUCCAAGAGCAAAUGAAGCUUACCGGAACCCUCGAGGGUCACACCGGAUGGGUUACCCAAAUCGCCACCUACACCCGCAACGACAAGACCACUGUCCUGUCAUCUUCCCGCGACAAGACUAUCCUUGUUUGGGAUGUCGACAGCGUUGCUCCAGUCGAUGAGGGACCAAUCGGUCGCCCAGUUCGUUCGCUCACUGGACAUAACCACUUCGUCUCUGACGUUGUCAUCUCCUCCGACGGACAAUUCGCUCUUUCUGGAUCCUGGGACAAGACCCUCCGCCUCUGGGACCUCAACCAGGGAGUGAGCACCCGUCAAUUCAUCUCCCACACCAAGGAUGUUCUCUCUGUUGCCUUCUCUGCUGACAACAGACAAAUCGUCUCUGGAUCCCGCGACAAGUCCAUCAAGCUGUGGAACACUCUUGCCCAGUGCAAGUACACCAUCACUGAUGAUUGCCACACCGAUUGGGUUUCCACCGUUCGUUUCUCUCCAUCGAACCGCGAUCCAGUGAUCGUCUCCGCAGGAUGGGACAAGGUUGUCAAGGUCUGGAACCUCGGAAACUGCCGUCUGAAGACCAACCACAUCGGUCACACCGGAUACGUCAACACCGUUACCGUCUCUCCAGAUGGUUCCCUCUGUGCUUCCGGAGGCAAAGACGGACAAGCUAUGCUUUGGGACCUCAACGAGGGCAAGCACUUGUACACCCUUCCAGGAAACGACGUCAUCAACGCCAUGUCCUUCUCUCCAAACAGAUACUGGCUCUGCGCCGCUGUCGGAUCUUCCAUCAAGAUCUGGGAUCUCGAGGACAAGAAGGAGAUCGAGGAGCUCAAGCCAGAAAUCGCCAGCUCUGGAAGCUCAAGAGGAUCCAGCCCACAGUGUAUCUCUUUGGCCUGGUCUCAAGACGGACAAACCCUCUUCGCCGGAUACACCGAUAACAUCAUCCGAGUGUACCAGGUGUCGAUCCGUGCUUCCAACUAAUUUGUUACCUGUUAAUUCAAAACCCUUCAAUAAAAUUGUUGAUAU